CGUUAUUCGUCGCUGCUUCGUCACGUCUCGGGAAAAAAUACAUACUAGACAUAGAAGUGCUGCUGCUUCACAGCCGACUGCUACGCUUACUGCAUUCUUGGGUAAAAAUUUCACAGUUGGCAGCGACUGAGAAAAUAAAAUUAAACGUCGACGUCGCGACUUUUUCCUUCUUCGAAGAAGACCCCGAAAUCAAAAUAAAAACAAACAACGUGCGCGCGCGCCAAUUAUUACAAACAAUUAACAAACAACAACUAAUGCACACACUAACAUCAGCCAUCGAGAUGGAUAAAUUGGACGCAAAUUUGGAACAGCAAUUCGAUCUGAAUCUUAUCGAAGCUGUUAAGAUGAAUCCAGUUAUUUACGAUCGAUCUCACUAUAACUACAAACAUUUUGUGCGCAAGGCCCAGACCUGGAAGCAAAUCGCCGAAACGCUCGGUGUGCCUGAACAAAAAUGCACGAAGCGCUGGAAAAGUUUGCGUGAUAAAUUCGCUCGUGAAAUGAAACUUUGCCAGGAGUCCCGCUGGCGCUACUUCAAACAGAUGCAGUUUUUGGUUGACUCUAUCAGGCAGUACCGCGAGUCCUUGCUCGGCAAGUGCGCCAAUGGCAGUCAGAAUGCCAAUCAGGUGGCCGAUCCGACACAGCAGCAGCAAGCGCAGCAGCAGACAGUUGUUGAUAUAUUUGCGCAACCAUUUAAUGGAAGCGCCACAACAUCUGCCCAGGCACUGACCCAUCCGCAUGUUACAGGCGACACGCAGCUGGCCACCGCUGUGGGCAAGGACCAGAAGCCUUACUUCUACGAGCCCCCAAUGAAGCGAGAACGCACCGAGGAGGAGCACAGUGACAACAUGUUGAACACCAUCAAGAUUUUCCAAAACAAUGUAUCGCAGGCAGUUAGCGCCGAAGACCAAUCGUUUGGCAUGGUCGUCACCGAUAUGCUCAACACGCUGGGCGUGCGGCAAAAGGCCGAGGCUAAGGUGCACAUCAUUAAGUAUCUGACAGAUAUGCAGCUGCUGGCACAGCACAACAAAUACUAACUGUCGAGCUGUUAUUAUCAUCACUACCAACAGCGGCAAUUAUUACAACUAUUGCAACUGGACUGUGUGCUGCCUUAGCUGUGGUAUGAUGGCAAGAAAAAGAAUAGCAUAAAGCGAUUAAUGAUGAUGUUCAAAGGAUAAUGUAUGAUGAUGUUUGAUGAUCAGCAACAGCUAUUAGUAGAUCGGAACAGUUUUCGUGGGCAGCACACAAAUAGAGUCGUUGUGCGCUUCAUUUUUAGAUUCUAAGUCUUAAAAGUCAAACUAAAGUUUAAUUCUAGAUAUAAAUCCUUACACAUAAACCUAAACCUAAUAUACAUACAUACAUACUACAUUUACACGUAAACAUUAUAUAUACAUACUUACAUAUAUGCUUUGAAUUGUAGUUGCCCAAUUCCCGAUUCUCACCCCAGUACAUAUGUGUACAAAACGGUUCUAGCAAUACGUAGCAAGUUUUUGAAAGAACAGAAACAAAUUUUCAAAUAUUCACCAUUACUCUGUAUAUUUUCGUUUUAGUUUAUCAUGCCAUCGGGUUUAGCUCUUAAUAAGAUUUACAUAUAUGUAUUUGAAGUUUGAAAAUGAAUGAACGUUAUUUUAAUUUUUUAAGUUCUGUUGUAAUCUUGCUAGUUUACAUUUAUGUACUUUAAAAGGCUUUAAUUAAGUUCGAUAGUGACCUAAAAACCCUUUUAAGCAUUUUGUGAGCGCAAUUACACAGAAAAUUGUAUUAUUUUCAGAUCAAAAUGUUUAAAUUGAUGCCCAAUAUGAAUAUUUGACUGGCAGAAAGCGGGUAAACACAAAAUCAUAAACUUAAAUUAAACUUAGCGUCUUGAUGUGUAAAUUACUUGAUUACUGUGCAAUUAUUUGCUAACACAAACAAAAAUAUUUGAAAAAUACAAGUAUAAAAUGAAAGGAA